AUCAAUCGGUGCCUUAAGCCUGAACAAUUCAUUGGCAGUGUGAAAGAGAAGGAGUGCCUUUCUGAAAUGGAAGAGGCUCUGCUGCCAUUGAAUGAUGUGAUAAUCAGCAAAAGGGUGGUGUUUAAAGAAGAGGUGAAAGAAGUGAGUCGCUUAGCAAUUCCUAUGAUAGUUGGGACGAUGUGCCAAUACCUCUUACGCUAUGCACCAAUGGUUAUGUUGGGUCACUUAAGUGAACUCUCCCUCUCUAGUGCCUCUAUCGCCACAUCUUAUUGCACUGUUACUGGCUUUGCUAUUCUUUUUGGAAUGGCAAGUGGACUAGAAACUUUAUGUGGACAGGCCUAUGGAGCAAGGCAGUAUCAGAAAGUUGGCACUAUUACUUAUGCUGCACUCAUAUUUCUUUUAUUCUUUUGUUUGCCAAUAUCUCUUCUAUGGAUCUACACUGAAAAUUUGCUUUUAUGGAUUGGCCAAGACCCAUCAAUCUCUGUUGAAGCUGGAAAAUAUUCAAUUUGGCUCAUCCCAACUCUCUUUCCCUAUGCUAUUCUUCAGUCAUUGUUUUGCUAUUUCCAGGCUCAAAGCUUGAUCCUUCCAAUCUUAUGGAGCUCAAUCGUUUCUCUAUGUUUUAACAUACCUCUCAGUUGGGCUUUCAUAUUCAAAUUUAAUUUUGGGACCAUUGGUGCAGCUAUAGCAAUUGGUUUAUCAUAUUGGUUGAACGUCAUCUUGCUUGUGAUUUAUUUGAAGUAUUCGUCAACCUGUAAAAAGACACGUCCUUUUUUCUCAAAGGAUGUUUUCCAUGUUAUGCCAGAGUUCUUCCAAUUUGCUUUUCCAUCUGCUGGAAUGGUUGGUUUGAGAUGGUGGGCAGUCGAGAUAAUUACAUUACUCGGUGGAUUGUUGCCAAAUCCACAACUAGAGACUUCUGUUCUAUCUAUUUGCCUUACAACAUCUUCAAUACACUUCAACUUACCCUUUUCUUUCGGUGCUGCUGCAAGCAUUCGAAUUUCAAAUGAGUUAGGAGCUGGGAAUCCAAAAGCAGCAAGAGUUUCUAUAUAUGCAGUCUUCACUCUAGCAGCUGCAGAGUUUCUUCUAGCAAGUGGAAUUCUGUUUUCCUUGCGUAAUGUAUGGGGAUAUGCUUUCACACAUGACCAAGAAGUCGUCGAUCUUAUCACAGAAAUUACUCCUCUUCUCUGCCUCUCCAUCAUCGUUUAUAGUACAGUUACUGUAUUAUCAGGAGUAGCAAGAGGAAGUGGAUGGCAAAAAUUAGGGGCCUAUGUGAAUUUAGGAUCAUAUUACUUGGUUGGAAUUCCUGCUUCUUUACUCAUGGGAUUUGUUUGGAAUUGGAAAGCAAAGGGCCUUUGGUGUGGAUUAUUGAUGGGGUCAACAGUGCAAGCUAUUCUGCUCUGUAUUAUUACUGGUCUCACAGAUUGGGAAAAACUGGCCAAGGAAGCAAGAGAAAGAUUGUUUGAUAGGAAGAUUUGCGGGAAUAAAUGACUCAAAUGAAUGAUGAUCUAAAAGCUAGCACAGCUUAAUUUGGGUAGAUGUUUUUCCUAGCAUAUGUCUCUACUUGAGCAGUGACAUUACGAACAUUUUGCUCUUAAGAUAUCUGAGUAUUUGAAGCGCCUUCUACUCAAAUCACCAAGGUAGCACAAGACGCUUUAACUUCAAGAAAGUAAAUCCAUACUCAAAGGAAUUCUUCCGUUUAGAAUAAUUCAUAUGGUUUAAUGCCUUUAUUCACUACUUUAAUCAAAAGUGCAUCGUCAUGCUGAGAUAGUGAUAUACUUCUUGCAGAAACCCCAACUUGAGACUCCAGUCCUUUCAAUAUGAUAAAUUUUUUACUACAGUCUUAGAAUUGCAACCAUUUUCUAUAACAAGUAUCCGACAAAGUAAGCAAGCAUCUUUCACAAUCUAUAUCUAUAUCUAUAUAAAUAUAUAAAAGAGGGGCCUAACAAGUUGAUGUACAUUUUGUUUUUUCCUCCAAUUUUUGACUUUUAGCCUUAUUUUUCAUCCUAUUUUAAAUAAUAAAAAACAGUUUCUAAUCCUUUAGAACCGUCAUGUUUUAAUUGUAACGUUGCUUCUACAUAAUUCCUCCUCUUAAUUAGGGCUUUAUUGUCUUCCUCUUCUUCCUUUCUAACAUCAAUCUCAUCAUUUCAUAACGUAUUUCCUUUUACUCUUCUUCCUCCCACUGGCCAGCAGUAAAACUCUUCCUUUCAUCUUCGAUUAUUUUUUCUUCUUUCGUUUCUCACUCAGCUUCUUUCUCAGAGGUAAGUGAUUUGCUUAUCUCUCAUGUUUCGUUGGCCUUUUAUUUAUUUCUAUAUCGGAAUUCUUGGUUCUUCUUACUCGCCAAAGAUAUAUCUCCUCUUUUCAGGUUUGAGAUUUGUUUGUUCGACUAAAUAUUUGGUGAGUAUUUUAACUAUAUGUGUAUCCAGUAUUCUUUAUUUCUUCCUGAUUUUAAGUUUGCUGUAGCACUGAAGUUUGCAUCUUUUGGCAUAUUUUCUUUUUCUUUUUGUGAUAUUCAAUUAAUUUCCAUCGAAUAUACAUAAAAAUCAUUAUACAGUUAUGUGGACUUUUGAGAUAAUGCCUUUGCUUGACGCUGUGUCCGGUGCACUAUUAGCCUACAUUGAUUUUUUCCUUUGGAUUCUUUGAGAAUUAAUUUGACCAAUUUUAGAGUAAAAUCAGAUGAAUUUAUCAUUUGAAAAUAAUUCUUAGAUAAUCUUUCAAAAAUGCCUGCAAAGAUUGUAAUCAAAUUAUAAAUACAAAAUGAACGGUUAUAUGAAAACGAUAUAGUAUUUUAAACGGAUAUAAAAUGAAGAAAUUUGACUUGUACAAUGACCCAAAUGACCAACAAUAUUGCCCUAUACUAUAGUCUAUAAAUACCAAACAGUUGACAACUUAUUAUCUUCUCUUCACAAUUUAUUAGCUAAAUUAAAAAAUACCUUGAGAAAUACUUUUGGAUAGUACUUUGAGAAAUAAACACACUUCUGAAAUACAGUGGGUUUGGUGAUUAAAAGGGGAAAAUCUUCAAAAACUAUUUGCUUUAUAUAUUUUAAGAAAAUGGACCCAAAAAGAUAAUCUUUUGUUACUCCCGUAAUUUCCUUUUUAUAGAGAUUUGAAUAGAUUCAAAAUGGGGUAAGAGAGCACAUCAAAUUCCAAACCUGAUAAUGCGAUUAUGGAAGCAAUGAGACACCAACUUUAUAUUGAAUUUAAUAUGAUCUCACCCCUACGAAUAGUACAUAGAUUUGUUUGGCUUUGGUAUCUUUCAUUUUGGUAUUUAAGGUAAGAGAAAUCGAUACAAUGCCUUAGAAAAAUCUGUUUAUAAUUUUUUUUUGUCUAUAUUCUAGAUUCUAACUUGGCUUAAAAUUAUUACUCUUUGGUUUGCUUAUUAUUUAGAAUUUAAUGAUUUUUCUGAGAUAUUUUAAUUUUUUAUGUUUCUCAGCUUUCUUAAUUCAUAUUCAAUUUUUAAAAUUUUUCUUAACUUAACAACCAUUUAGUAAUAACUAAUUAGGAUUAAUGAGCAAAACUCUAUGGUCUCAUUUGUAGGGAAAAUCUCAUGUUGUUUGUUUGAUAGAGGCUAAUGGAAGAUAAAAUGGAGGUACUUCAUUGGAAUAGAACUAAUGUUGUUUCAUCUCGAUAUGGGAGUGUGAGCAUUGCCCACUUUAGGUAGAGAUUAAUCAUUUGUUGUGGUCUAAGUAUCUUUGACCUCUUCUUUGACUUGUGAUGUUGUGCCGAUGAACCUUGCUGAUAUAGUAUUUAUUUUUGCUUUCCUUUUCCUUUUCCUUUUUUCAGCAUUUUGCAUGCUUCCAAUUGUAUAUAGAUAAUGCUCACAUGAAUCUUUAGAAAAGGGGCACUGUAUUGUGCAUCAAGUUCUUAUAUUUGUGGAAUAGACAUGUAAGGUAAUUACAUGCAGUCUUUUUCUCCCUUGUAAAUUGCAAGUAGUUGUGAGAACUGUUACAUAGAUUUUCAGAUCGACUUGGGUGAUGCCCGACUCUCCAACGACCUUUUUUUCUGUUACGAGUGAUGCAAGUUUACGAAGGAACUGAAGAGAAUUUGGAAGCCUGCCAAGUCUACAUCGCAAGAGUUUUAUGGAAUGAAAGAAAGUAGAUAUCUUUUUGAGGAAAAGUAUAACGUUAUACACUCAUUGAUGAUCAAGUGUCUUAGUUUAUUAGCCCUUUGGUGUAAAUUGCAUUUUAUAAUGAUGAGAAUACAUGGUAGAAUACGUUCCUUCUAUGGAAAAAAUAUCUGCUAUAUUAAGUGAUUAUGUAGGUGCAGAAAGAUUCAUACGUUUUGAAUAUAUUUUUUUAUUUGAGAUUUG